AUGCCCCCCUCCCUCGAACAAGACCCCUCCUCCUCCCUCGUCGCCCCAACCCCGGAACACUGCCCCGGCCCCGAGUCCCAACAAGCCGGCACUGCGGCCUCUUGCGCCGGCUGUCCCAACCAACAAAUCUGUGCCUCCGCCCCGAAAGGCCCGGACCCCGACCUGCCGCUCAUCGCGGCGCGUCUCGCGCGCGUGAAACACAAGAUCCUGGUUGUGAGUGGCAAGGGCGGCGUGGGGAAGAGCACGCUCACCGCGCAACUCGCGCAGGUACUGGCGGGGGGAAACCCCGACCUCACGGUUGGGGUGAUGGACACAGAUAUUUGCGGGCCGAGCAUACCCAAGAUGCUGGGGGUAGAAAAUGAGACGGUUCAUGUUAGCGGGGAGGGAUGGGAGCCUGUGUGGGCGGGGGAGAAUUUAGCGGUUAUGUCGAUUCAGUUUAUGUUGCCGAAUAGGGAUGAUGCGGUUAUUUGGAGGGGGCCGAAGAAGAACGGGAUGAUUAAGCAGUUCCUGAGGGAUGUCGCGUGGGGGGAGCUGGAUUUUUUGGUGGUCGAUACGCCACCGGGGACGAGUGAUGAGCAUUUGAGUGUUAAUACUUUUCUGAAGGGGUGUGGAGCUGGAUUUGAGGGCGCGGUGGUGGUCACCACGCCGCAGGAGGUCGCGUUGCUGGAUGUGAGGAAGGAGAUUGAUUUUUGUAGGAAGGCUGGGAUUAGAGUGUUGGGAUUGGUUGAGAAUAUGGCGGGGUUUGUGUGUCCUAAGUGUCGAGUCGAGAGCGAGAUUUUUAAGGCGACCACGGGAGGGGGGAAGGCUCUGGCGAAGGAGAUGGGGGUGCCGUUUCUUGGGUCGGUGCCGCUGGACCCGAGACUGGGCAUGGCAUGUGAUUAUGGGGAGAGUUUUCUUGACUCGUUCCCGGAUAGUCCUGCUUGUGCGGCGCUCAAGAAUGUUGUUAAGGGGCUGAUGGAGCAGAUUGGGCUGGAUCCGAGCGAGGUUGUGCCAGAGGGUUAA